AUGGAGAUGGGGACGAAGUUGUUGAACGCAGGGCUGACGGCCCGUCCUACCCGGCACGUGCUGUCAGACUCAGGAGCGUUCCUGCAGCACCGCCACCACCUGGCCGGCCGUGUUCAGAGUUCGUCGGGCAGUGUUCCCCCAGCCUCGGGACACUUGCGCACCUGGAGUCUCUGCUCUGGGAAUGCUGUGAGGUCUCGCCUCUGCUUUUCAGACUGGGCCGCCGCCAUCCGCGUCGCUGCCCUGGACUGUGCGGAUAAGAGUAACCACGAGGUGUGCCAGACCUACGACAUCCACUUCUACCCCAGCUUCCGGUAUUUUAGAGCAUUUACAAAGGACUUUACAACUGGCGAAAACUUUAAAGGGCCUGACCGAGAGCUGCAGACAGUGAGACAAGCCAUGAUUGACUUCCUACAGAACCACACGGAUGCAAACAGGCCUCCCGCCUGCCCGGCUCUGGACCCUAUUCGGCCCAGCGACGUCCUUUCUCUUCUUGACAACCGUGAGGGCCGCUACGUGGCUGUUCUGUUUGAGAGCAACAGCUCGUAUGUUGGACGUGAGGUGAUCCUGGACCUGAGUCCGUACGAGAACAUCGCGGUGAAGAGAGCACUGGACAGCGACCCGGCCUUUCUGGAGAAGCUUGGCAUCUCUUCCGUUCCUUCCUGUUACCUGGUUUACCCAAAUGGGUCCCACGGGUUAAUUAACAUCAUGAAGCCUCUUCGGUCAUUUUUUUCCUCUUAUUUGAAGUCGUUGCCAGAUGUGAGGAAAAAAUCGCUUGCAUUGCCUGAAAAGCCAAGCAAAGAAGAAAAUUCUGAAGUUGUGGUGUGGAGAGAGUUUGACAGGUCAAAACUGUACACGGCGGACCUGGAGUCGGGGCUGCACUACCUCCUGAGGGUGGAGCUGGCCACCCACAGGACACUGGCCGGGGCCGAGCUGAAAACACUCAAGGACUUUGUUACUAUCGUUGCCAAGCUGUUCCCCGGCCGCCCGCCCGUCAGGAAGCUGCUGGAGAUGCUGCAGGAGUGGCUGGCCAGCCUCCCCCUGGACCGGGUGCCCUACAAUGCCAUCCUGGACCUGGUCAACAACAAGAUGCGGAUUUCUGGAAUAUUCCUCACUAAUCAGAUAAAGUGGGUUGGAUGUCAAGGAAGCCGCCCGGAGUUGAGGGGUUACACGUGUUCUCUCUGGAAGUUGUUCCACAUGCUGACUGUUCGGGCCGGGACCCACCCAGACGCGUUGGAUGACACAGGUUUCGAAGACGACCCCCAGGCGGUGCUGCAGACCAUCCGGAGGUACCUGCUCACCUUCUUCGGCUGUAAAGAGUGUGGGGAGCAUUUUGAGGAAAUGGCUAAAGAGUCCAUGGAUUCUGUGAAAACCCCAGACCAAGCAAUCCUCUGGCUUUGGAAGAAGCAUAACCUCGUGAACAGCCGCCUGGCAGGCCACCCGAGCGAGGACCCCAGGUUUCCCAAGGUUGUGUGGCCCACUCCGGACCUCUGCCCCGCCUGCCACGAGGAGCUGAGGGGCCUGGACAGCUGGGACGAAGACCAGGUUCUCCUGUUCCUGAAGCGGCACUACGGCAGCGACAACCUCGUGCACACAUACGCCGCGGCCCUGGGUGGCACGGGCGAGGCCGAGGAGCCAGAGGGAGGCCGAACCAACCCAGAGAGGCCUGGAGACCACGGGGCCGAGAGCCUGCACCAGCCCGGGGCACUGCCUCCCACACCUCGCCCCUCAGAGGGGUCGCACCUGGGACCAGCCAGGCCCGAGGGCCGCAGGGAGGUGGAGGCGGCUGCACCCUUCCUGGGGAUGGGCUUCUCCAGCCUGGACAUGAGCCUCUGCGUCCUGCUCUACGUGGCCUCCUCCGUGUUCCUGAUGGUGAUGUUCUUCUUCUUCCGGGUGCGGUCCCGGCGGUGGAAAGUCCGGCACCGCCAUCCGUCUGUGUAGAGCUGAGCAGCCCGCCCGCGCCUGCGGCUUUAACGGUUCUGAUCAGGGAUGACAGGCAGGGGGCCUGCUCCCUGCUGAUGGCAGCUGUGGUCCCAGAGCUGGGGCCUGUGUGCGUUCCCGGCCUUCACAGUCCGUGGACGCCUCUGACAAAUCCAUAGCAAAGCGACUUCUAUGUUUUUACUCUUCUAGGUCUGAAAACGGGAGUGGGGUGACCAGGCCAAAAAGAAUGUUUUGCACCCACUUUCAUCAAGUUUACUGGGCUCUACAUCCAUUGUGCACGGCCUCCUUUGGGGAUCUGGAGAAAAACCCAGCCCUUCCCCAUGGAGGGUAAGGGGUGACUGAAUGCAGCCAGGGAUACCCCCGCCCCCCCACAUCCCCGCCAUGGGGAGUAGACUUGGUGUGGGGAGGGAGGGUGGUGCUUGUCUUACUCUUCAGGGACAGUGCCUUGGCCUGUUGGUUGUUACUCUGGUGAUGAGAGAGCUCAGUGCGUGAGGGCCACCCAGGCUGCCUGUCCCUGGCAGUCGGGAGACUAUGAGCCUGAGAGCAGAGCUUCCGCCUGGGCCCCUGCCAUCCAGCACCCACAGCCCUCCUGAGCCACUGCCCAGAGCCGGAGUGGGUGGUGCAUGGGGUCUCGCUGGCAUCUCUAAGGCCAAACUUCAUUUGCCUGAAGGUGUUUUACACAGGUCCUGGCACAGGGCCUAUCCCCGGGCUUUGGUGGUUAAUUAUUUACCAUUUAGUGAUUUUAACACAUUAUUUAUAAAACCCAGAACAUUCAGAGGUAAAGUAAAUGCGUAAACAAAUGAACUCCUGGGGACAUUUCCUUUGAGACCCUUAUGCAGAUGCCCAGCGGUGUGCGCCCCCGUGUGUGUGUGUGUGUGUGUGUGUGUGUG